GUUUUGCCUGUGGUUCUACAUAAUUUAGAGAAAAUUUGUAAGAACUAAUCUAAAAGGACAGUCUUAUGUAGACGACAUUGUUUGAAAGAGCUGUGAACUUGAAGAAAUACCUACUAUGCCUCUUUUUGGUAAGUCUCAAAAAAGCCCAGCGGAGCUUGUGAGAUCCUUAAAGGAUGCCGUUACUGCCUUAGAGAGAGGCGAUAAGAAAGCGGAGAAAGCCCAAGAGGAUGUCAGUAAGAAUUUGGUGUUGAUAAAAAACAUGCUCUAUGGUACAUCCGAUGCCGAGCCUCAAACAGACAUCAUAGUUGCACAGCUUGCUCAAGAGCUUUACAACACAAAUCUCCUGCUUCUUUUGAUUCAGAAUUUAAAUAGAAUUGAUUUUGAAGGCAAAAAAGAUGUUGCUCAGGUGUUCAACAAUGUGCUGAGGCGCCAGAUUGGCACAAGGUCCCCGACAGUGGAGUAUAUUUGCACUAAGCCUGAGAUUCUUUUUACCUUGAUGUCUGGAUAUGAACAUCAAGAAAUUGCAUCAAAUUGUGGCACUAUGCUUAGAGAGUGUGCCAGAUAUGAGGCUUUGGCUAAAAUAAUGUUAUAUUCAGAUGACUUUUAUAAUUUUUUCCGUUAUGUAGAAGUUUCCACUUUUGAUAUUGCCUCAGAUGCCUUUUCUACUUUUAAGGAAUUGCUAACCCGACAUAAAAUGUUGUGUGCCGAGUUUCUAGAAGCAAAUUAUGACAAAGUAUUCAGUCACUAUCAACGGCUGCUCAACUCUGAGAACUACGUGACACGGCGGCAGAGCCUCAAGCUCCUCGGCGAACUGUUGUUGGACCGGCACAACUUUUCCAUUAUGACACGCUACAUCACCAACCCAGACAACCUGAAACUAAUGAUGAACAUGUUAAAGGAGAAGUCGCGCAACAUACAGUUCGAAGCUUUCCAUGUCUUUAAGGUAUUUGUAGCUAAUCCAAAUAAACCAAAACCAAUUCUGGAUAUUCUAUUACGGAAUCAAGAUAAGUUGGUAGACUUCCUCACUAAAUUCCACACGGAUCGUUCAGAGGACGAGCAAUUCAAUGAUGAAAAAGCUUACCUUAUAAAACAAAUUAAAGAGCUAAAGCCAGUGGAACACUAACAUUUAUUGCAUUUUGUAAUCGCCACUUCCUCCUCGGAAUGAAGUUAGUUAUAGAUGCUAUUAUAUUUAAAUGCUUCUAAUCACCAGAGGGUGUCGCGGCGCCAGAUUAUAGGUACAGCAUAAACAGGAAUUCUAAAUGGAUUUACAUUUUGGUCUGUGAUGAGUCAGGGAAGAAAGUAUAUUUGUGCUACGAGCAAAUUAACAUUUUU